GAGAAAAUCCCUCAGCAUAGGUACCCUCGCCACGUCCUUUCCUUCCCUUCCCUUCCUUCUCAUCGAUAGCCACCAAUCAGCAAAAUCAAUUAGCAAAAAGAAGUUGGCCAGUCUCCAGCUGUUGAUGGCGAUAAGCACUGGCAUGCAUGGCGAGGCCUCCCGCCCGUUACCAGGCACCCGGUAACGGGCCCCAUUCGCACAUUGGUCCAGAACCCACACUUCACAUACUAUAUUAUGUACUAUGUCUCUGAGGUGUGCAUACAUACACCCUCCUCGGCAUCUCUCAAGCUCACCAAACUGCAACCCAACGAAACAAACACCAGAUUCUGCACCUCGCAUCCCAUCCCGCUACCAGCCUCAGGGCUUCUUCAUCUCUGUUGGCCGCCAUGUGGAAACCAUCGCUGAACUACAUCACCCUACACUAUGCAUGGAUUAUCUUCGCCGGCCUCCUCGCCCUAGUGGUCGUUUAUCCCUACGGCAAUGUUUCUGCCAUGGACGCCUGGUUCUUCGGCGUCAGCGCAUCCACGGAAUCAGGUCUUAACACUGUCGAUGUAAAGGCAUUGAAAACCUACCAGCAGGUGUAUGUCUACGUAAUACCCAUCAUCACCAACCUCGGCUUCAUCAACAUCAUCGUGAUCUCUGUCCGCCUCCGCUGGUUUCAUAAGCGCUUCAAGACCGCUGCAGCGUCACUCUCGAAGCUGAAUGGCCACUCGCGGGACAUCGAAGUCCAGAUACCAGCGGUUGAACCGGAGAGGCCCGAGAACCGGAAUGCCGAUACCGAGUCGUCCGAGUCGGCCGAACGGACUACACCCACCGACACCCCUGAGACAAACGAAACCGCUCAACUUGCCUCGGGACCUCGCGUCACCUUUGGGGAAGACGUAAAGGGACCGCGCUCAGAUUCGGCCUUGUAUAUCCCACCGCCGAGGGAGCGUGAUGAUGGCCAUUCCUUCGUCGAGAAGAGCUACGUAGCAGAUGACGAAGAUGACGAUGACGAUGCCAUCAAGCCUGCAGCGUCUCAGGGUCUUUCGAGAAGACGAGGAUACCAACACGAAGAUGGCCCCAGCAUGUCACACAGCAGAACCGUGGAGCAGGCUGUCACGUCCCUUUUCGUCCUCGGACAGACCAGGACAGUGUCUUCGAGGCAAUCUGCGUCGAACCCGCGUUCUGCCGCCGAUCUUCCAUACCUUUCCAGGGAGGCAACGGUCGGAAGGAAUUCCAAUUUCCACAGGCUCACCGCACAAGAUCGGGAGCGGCUCGGCGGCAUCGAGUAUCGAGCCUUGAAGCUGCUGCUGAAGAUUGUCACUGGUUAUCUCGUCGGAAUUCACCUGUUCGGGGUGAUUUGCUUACUGCCGUGGAUACACCGGGCGCCGGCGAAAUACACUGAAUGGCUAGAAGAGUGCGCGCAGGACAAGUCUUGGUGGGCCAUUUACUCGGCCCAGACCAUGGUGAACAAUCUCGGCUUCACCCUGACCCCUGACUCGAUGCUCACCUUCAGAGACGCCACCUGGCCCCUGCUGGUCAUGACCUUCCUCGCUUAUGCGGGCGAGACCUUCUACCCGAUUUUCGUGCGCCUCAUUAUUUGGACCAUGUCCAAGCUCGUGCCAAAGCAGUCGUCCAUGAAUGAGACCCUUCGGUUUCUCCUGGAGCACCCGCGGCGGUGCUCCAUGCUCCUUUUCCCUGGCCGGCCGACCUGGAUCCUCUUCGGCAUCCUGUUUGUCAUGAACUUCGUGGACGUGCUCCUGAUCAUCGUUUUCGAUCUCGACAACCCCGCGGUCAACGACCUGCCGAUGGGUCCGCGCAUCCUGGCGGCGCUGUUCCAGGCGGCUUCGUCUCGGCAUACCGGCACGGCGACCUUCAACCUCGCCGCGGUCAACCCGGCCGUGCAGUUCAGCCUGCUGGUGAUGAUGUACAUUGCCAUCUUUCCCAUUGCCAUCAGUAUCCGGGCGUCGAACACGUACGAAGAGAGGUCGCUGGGCGUAUACGACCAAGAACUGCCGCCGGAUGAGUCGAACGGCAAGUCGUACGUCUUGAUGCAUAUCCGGAACCAGCUCAGCUUCGACUUGUGGUAUAUCUUCCUCGGCACCCUCUGGAUUUGCUUCGCCGAGUCCGACAGAAUCGCCGACGUCAAGGAUCCUGCCUUUUCGGUCUUCUCGAUCAUGUUCGAGGUCGUCUCAGCAUAUGCCAACGUCGGCCUCUCCCUCGGCCACCCCUCCGUGAUGACGUCUCUCAGCGGGCAGUUCGGGACCGCCAGCAAAGUCGCCAUCUGCGCCAUGAUGAUCCGCGGCCGCCAUCGCGGCCUACCGUAUGCCGUCGACCGUGCCGUCCUCCUGCCGGGUGAGCCCGAGUAUCAGUAUCAGGGGUUUGAGGGCAACGAUGCCAAUCCGGAGACGCUACCGCGCGGGAAACGGCCUGCCAGUCGGGCACCGUCGCUCCAGCGGGGCGAGGCCGAGCUGGAACGGGAGGAGGCGCAAAAAGGUAGGUAG